GUAUGUAUAUUUAUUGAAAAAAAUCCACAUGUAAGUAGACCUGCACAGCUCAAAGCCCUGUUGUUCAAGAGUCAGCGGUACUUCUGUUGUUCCAGUUUUGCUUAUGCUUGAAAACUAGGCCCAAGGUAGUCUUACAACCAAAAUAGUUUCUGCUUUUGCUUUUUUUUUUUUUUUUUUUUUUAAAGAGCAGCUUCCAGAAGGUUAUAUGGGGUCUGGAAAGGAGAACAAAUUGCUUUCCUAGACUCACCCAAGACUAGCCACCACAGAAAAUGCACUCUUCUCCCCAAAACCCGCCCCCACACAGGAGGCAGGGUUUUUCUUUUGGACAAACCUGCUCCUUGGGAGGGAAGGUGGCAAAACCUGUUUGAAAAUGAAGUUGCCUCCCUUCCACACCUCUCCUCCUCAGAGGCAAGAGCAACAACAGUUGAGACAAAAAAGAGUAAAGAAGUGUUGAGGGCUGUGACACCCAGCUCCCUAAACUGUUUAAGGAAGGUAACAGGAAGACGUGAAGAUGGGAACUAUACAAGAGGCAGGAAAAAAGACAUUAAAUCUUGGGUAAGUACGAUCUUGGCUCACUUGAUUGGAAAUGCAGUGAAUAAAUAGUCUUGAGAAACUUUCCCACCAUCCAGCUCUUCUUACCAGGUCAAAUCUCGGGUUUCUUAGGGAGACAAGACUAAGGGUGAAUUUGCUGAGGAGGAAUGGGGGUGGCUUUAGGUAGGAAAUGUCAGUAUGGUAUGGAACUGGGGAACAGACGAUUCCAGGAUAAUUCUCUGGUUAAAAAAAAAUAAUAAAAGAAGUUUCUAUAUUUUGUGUUUGAUAAAUCUGACCAUGUUGUUUUUUUCCUGACCCCCACCCUCCAGAAUGGCCAUCAGGAAAGCUGACUCAGAACUCAGUUUAGGCCCAGGUUUUCCUUCCUGGCAAAUCUCUUUCUCCUUAUCUUCUUCCUCCACCCCGCCACUCAUGCCAUGUUUUUUUGUAGCCACUCCCCAGCAUGGUGGAGGAAAGGCAGGCCUGACUCGGUGUUAUCUGUCCCAAUUUUACCCAGUGGUAGUUGGGCGGGUCUGUCUAGGUUCCAGCCAAUUGUAAUGGGGGACAUCUCUCACUCCUGCUUUGUAGGUGGAGCAAGUGCCAUUGAGGUAAAUAUGAUGAGCUUUACAUUCCAUCUUCCCUCUGCUCCUAAACCCUACAGUAGGUAAUCUGCUUCUAGCAAGGGGUGAAGGUGGGAGAAACAUCUGUAUAGGAGACAAGAGGUCUGAAUUGUUUUUAAGGCCUGCCCUCUACUCCGUACCUUAAUUACUGUUCUUUAUUCUGUUUCCUACUUCACCGUCCAGUUCCCUUAAGAUACUGCCUAGGUUGUCUCAUGACAAUCUUUCUUUCAUGAUACUCUAUCUUAGGGAAAAAGCAGAAGAAGCAGAACUAGGAGCAACCCUGAGUGUUGGGGGACUGGAGCUGAAGGAGGAAUGGCAGGAUGAAGAAUUCCCUAGAUUGCUUCCUGAGGAGGCUGGCCCUUCUGAAGAUCCUGAAGACCCUAAAAGAGAUUCACAGGCAGGUACCCCCAGUACAUUAGCCCUGUGUGGCCAGCGCCCCAUGCGUAAGCGUCUUUCUGCCCCAGAGUUGCGGUUGAAUCUGAUUGAGGGGUCUGAAGACAAUGGAGCUUCUCCCUGCCACUCUGCACCUUCCUCUCCUGAUGGCAGUUCUGACCUGGAGGUAGACGAAUUGGAGACACCCUCAGACUCAGAGCAGCUGGACAGUGGACAUGAAUUUGAUUGGGAAGAUGAGCUGCCCCAGGCAGAAGGUCUGGGAGCCAGUGAGGCAGCUGAAAGGCUGGGCCGGGGUUGUGUGUGGGAUGUGGCUGGAGAAGACGGUCAUCGCUGGAGAGUGUUCCGAACGGGACAGCGGGAGCAGCGAGUGGACAUGACUGUCAUCGAGCCUUAUAAGAAAGUCUUAUCUCAUGGAGGUUACCAUGGUGAUGGCCUCAAUGCUGUUAUCCUCUUUGCUUCCUGUUACCUACCCAGAAGCAGCAUCCCCAACUACACCUAUGUCAUGGAACACUUGUUUAGGUAUAUGGUGGGAACUCUGGAGCUGCUGGUAGCUGAAAAUUAUUUGCUUGUUCACUUGAGUGGAGGCACAAGCAGGGCGCAAGUUCCACCUCUGAGCUGGAUGCGCCAGUGUUACCGUACCCUGGAUCGGAGGCUCCGGAAAAACCUGCGAGCCCUGGUGGUUGUCCAUGCCACGUGGUAUGUGAAGGCAUUUCUGGCACUGCUUCGGCCCUUCAUCAGUUCCAAGUUCACACGAAAGAUCCGUUUUCUGGAUAGCCUGAGGGAGUUGGCCCAACUAAUCUCCCUGGAUCAAGUCCACAUCCCUGAAGUUGUCAGACAGCUGGACCAGGAUCUUCAGGGCUCCAGAGGAACUUAGUACAGGACUGGAUAAAGGGCCUUAGAACCAAGCAAGAUAGCAAUCUGCCUACACCCUAAUUUCUGAAACAUUUGCUUUGUAAAUCAUCCUAUCCUCAAUCCCACUACCAUUGGAUCUUCACUUCUCAAUGGGAUGUCAUCCCUCCCAUGACCCUGCCUUCAGCAGGGCUUUGAGGUUGGGAACCUGAUCUACCGAGUGACUUCUUUUUCAGCUGUUGGGGUUGAAGGCUCAGUGUAGUGGCGUUUUGUAUGAGAAAGGCAGAGCUCUGGGUUUUAAUCCUGCUUUAGCUGUAGAACGUUGAGCAAAUAACUUCUCUUUAGGUCUCAUUUUCCCCUCUGUUAUUGAAGGGACUGCGAUCCUUUCCACCUUGGGUAUCCUAGCGGGGGGUGGGUGGUGGGUGGGAGGGGCUUGACUUACUACAACCAGCCUGCCUGCUGGGAGCCCCUUCUAAGUCAUGUCUGCUGGCUGUGAACCUGGGAAGGAGUGCUGUCAAAACCUGUAUUUUUGGCCCUCUUUAGUAAAUUCAGAUUUGUAGUGGCUAAUAAACUGCAAUGAGAGAUUUAA